AAACUCAGAUCUUUGUAUUCCUGUAAAAAAAAAAAAAAACAGAAGAACAGUAAACCUCUUCCAAUCUCUCCCACCCAUCUCUCUGGUAGCCCUUUCUGCAGAUUAUAGAGAGAGAAGGAUUUGAUUUCUUUCUUUCUCUAAAGGGUCAAGCUUUGUGAGGAGAGAGAGGGGGGAUAGUUUUGUUUUCUGAAAGGAAUUAAAGAUAUAUUUUUUAAUUAUGGGCGGUGGGAAGAGAUUUGCUGUUCUUCUGUGUGCUGAGGAUUCUGAUUAUGUUAAAAAGAGGUAUGGAGGAUAUUAUGGGGUUUUUGUGGAAAUGCUGGCGGAGGAUGGAGAGACAUGGGAUGUUUUCAGGGUGGCCAAUGGUGAGUUCCCUGAUGAUGGAGAGAUCGGUGACUUUGAUGGCUUUGUUAUAACUGGGAGUUGCAAUGAUGCACAUGGGAAUGACGUUUGGAUCUGUAGGUUGAUUGGUCUUUUGAACAAGUUGGAUUCUUUGAAGAAAAAAGUUCUUGGGAUUUGCUUUGGUCACCAGAUUCUUUGUCGUGCACUGGGAGGAAAGACAGGGCGUGCCGUGUCAGGUUGGGACAUUGGAGUGACAACCAUUCAUUUGUCAUCUUCCUCAUCAAAGCUCUUCUCAUCUCUGAAAAUCCCAACAACUCUUUCCCUGAUCGAGUGCCAUCGAGAUGAGGUUCGAGAACUUCCACCAAAGGCAGAGGUGAUAGCAUGGUCUGAGAAGACAGGGGUGGAGAUGUUUAAGUAUGGGGAUCAUAUGAUGGGCAUCCAAGGCCACCCUGAGUACACCAAAGACAUUCUGCUUCACCUGAUCGACCGUCUCAUGCAGCACAGUUUUAUUGAGGACUCGUAUGGUGAAGAGUUGAAGGCAAAAUUGGGGAAAGUGGAGCCUGAUAAGGAGGCAUGGAAGAAACUGUGCACCAGCUUUCUCAAGGGUAGAUUAUGAUGAAAAUUUUCGUUCAAAUGUUCUGAAAAUUUUUCAAAAAAAAAAAAAAUGUAAAUAUGAACCCUUUUUCGAGAAGCAGGUUUAAGCUGAAGAUGAAGUUUAGGGAGGAUGUGAUAGCAAUUGAUAGCACAGAUAUAUAUAAGCUAAGAAAACACACAGCUUGCAUUAAACGUGUAAAAGCUGUGGGUUGGUUGGAAUUUGAUGUAGUCUUCUCCGGGUUUAUAAAAUUUGCAGCAUUUUAACGAUUCUA